AUGCGGACUGAGCUGGACAGUCAGGGUUUGGAGGCCACAGCAAACACCGGUGUGGCUUCAUCCAGCUUCUUUUGUCCAGAACACUUCAAGCUGUCAUCUCCUGUUGGGUUGGCUUACCCCAGUCGACAGGGUGCCACUCUCCGCUCGGCUCUCCUCUCCUCUCCUCUCCUCCUUGCACUCUUUCCUCCACUUCUGUCCGCGCGCUUUCCUGAACGGGGCUGUACUGGGAUCGCGUCCCUCAUCCCAAUCAUCCUCAUCAUCCUCCUCCUCCUCCUCCUCCUCGUCGCGGCGAUGCCGGCGUCUCGGGCCGCGCUUUCCCUCUGCGUGCUGCUGUGCGCGGGGGUCGCCCUGCAGGCGCGCGCCGGCGGGGCUCGUGGCGGGGAGUACUGCCACGGCUGGGCGGACGCCUACAACGACUGGCACGCGGGCUUCCAUUGUCCCGAGGGCUUCGACCCCACCGAGUCGCGCUUCUGCUGCGGCAGCUGCACUCUGCGCUACUGCUGCACGGCGCCCGAGGCGCGACUCGACCAGAGCGCCUGCGACAACGACGACGAGUACGAGCACGAGCAGGACGGCGGGGCCGUGCAAAUACCAGCGCAAGUGCCCGUGUACCUGCCUUUCCUGAUCGUCUCUGGGACGUUUGUGACGUUUGUGCUGGUCGGCUCAACCGUGGCUUGGCUUUGCUGCCGGUGCCUGAAGCCAAAGUCCAUGGACCAACAGAGUGGCCCGGCACCCGCCCAGCAGAGCUGCCUGCUGGAGACCGGCAGCCCCUCCUCCGACAGCACCACACCCUCCCGUAACUCCAGCUCUAGCUCCGCUGGACGGUCCGUGGCGGCAGGGCGGCUACAAAACACCUGCACUGUGGGUUCGGAGGGUGGCAUCGGCAUGUUCGGGCCAGUCGGGACCACAUACCCCGUCGCCGGACCUCAGAUUCAGCAGUAUGUGGGCUCCACACGGCCGAGCCCCUACUUCCAGCCAUACCUGAACUUCUCCGUUGCACCUGAGCACAGCAUGCUGAUGACCCCAGCAUAUGUGGACACCCGGUCGACAUAUGGAGGUCAGCAAGCGUAUCCCUUCCCACAAGCACCGGUUCCCACAGAACAGCUGUAUCCUGCAGUGACCAUGUGA